CCACCUUCCCUUCGGAAGGACCGAACUCACUAGAUUGGUCACCUGCAUUGUCACCGCAAAGUUUCGUGGUCGAAAUUGCUUUUCUGCUCGCAGUGACCCAUGGCGGUUCUCGACAGACACGUCACACAAGCAUCAAGAUAGACCCUCAAAAGUGGGGGAUAUGCAACCCCAUUCCCGUCUCGAUAAGCCCGGGGCUGUCGACUAUAUUGGUAGCACAGCAGGUAAUCAGCACAGUCUGAUUGGCAGUGAUAUGGAUGUCGGGAAACGCUUCUAGUCCGCUCUAGUCUGAUAUGAACCACGUUGUGCUUCCACAUAACAGCUACCUCGUUGCCGAGUUUGUCCAUUCUUUGACCAAAAUCGUUGCGUAACAACUGAUCAUGGAGCUAUCACAUUACUUGGCAGUAUCGGCGGUCCUAUUGCCCCUGUGGGCAAUCUCAUACUGGAUUGUCCCAUAUUUCACGACAUAUCGACACUUGCAACAUCUCCCUGGGCCGGUCAUCGGGAAGUUUAGCAACUUGUGGCUGGCGCUGGGUGCUCGUAGAGGGCAGAAAUUCGCAUGGGUUGAUGCUGCUCACCGCAAGUACGGCAAAGUUGUCAGAGUAGGCUUCAAUCAUGUCUCCAUUGCAACACCAGAAGGUCUACAAACUGUUUAUGCUCAUGGCAACGGCUUCCUCAAGGAUCAUUUUUAUGAUGCCUUCGUUUCCGGCGUCCCGGGUGUAUUUAACGUGAGACAUAGGGGUGAGCACACUAGGAAACGCAAAAUCAUUGCUCAUGCCUUUUCCCCCGGCGCAGUCCACGACUUCGAACCGCACAUGUCUGCCAACCUAGAGCGAUGGGUGACACAACUAGACCGUAUGGCCUCACAUGCUCAUGCAGACGGCUUUGCGAAAGUUAACAUGAUGCCGUGGUGCACAUUCUUGGCUUUCGACAUAAUCGGAGAUCUUGCUUUUGGUGCUCCAUUUGGAAUGGUUCAGCGCGGUCGUGACGAGUGUGAAAGUACUCGUCCUGGCCACGCCCCGACUUAUGUUCCAGGAGCCGAGACGCUCAAUCGCCGGGGUGAAGUCAGUUCCACAUUAGGUCUCUUGCCGACCAUCCGCCCCUUCGCUAAAUAUCUGCCAGACCCAUUCUUUAGCAAUGGGUUACAGUCUGUGGCAGAUCUACAUGGUAUCGCGGUGGCUGCCGUUAACAAGCGCCUCGACCAAAUCAAGGGUCACAGUGGAUCUGAGCGACACGAUAUUUUGGAGAUGUUGGUGCGAAGCACUGACUCGGAUGGCAAUCCUAUGCCACGCGAUGAGCUGAUCUCCGAAGCGUUAACACAGCUUAUUGCCGGAAGUGAUACAGUAUCAAAUACAGCUUGUGCCGUGAUUUACUGGAUUCUCGACGGUGAACGUCGCGCGCCGGGGACCAUUGUGUCUCGAUUACAGGCAGAGUUGGACGCUGCGAUACCCUCCGGUUCAAAAAUUGCUGCUCAUGAACAGGUAAAGAAUCUUACGUUCCUCAGACAGUGCAUCGAUGAGGGAAUGAGACUCCAUUCCACCUCUGCCAUUGGCCUUCCACGGAUAGUCACGGCUCCUAGUGGCGUUCACUAUGGCAAGGAGCACUUCCCGGAGGGCACGGUUCUCUCUGUACCGAGCUUCACCAUCCACCACGACAGAGAUAUCUGGGGUGCCGAUGUGGAAGAUUUCAACCCGGAUCGCUGGCUGAACCUGACUCCACGCCAGAAAGUUGGCUUCAAUCCGUUUUCUUACGGACCACGAGCUUGUGUUGGCCAAAAUGUUGCACACAUGGAACUGGCGCUAAUCGUUGGGACUGCAUUUCAUCGUUAUGACUUCAAGCUUUUCCAAAAGAAACUUGAAUCUCACGAGGGAUUCUCCAAGAAACCUAUGGAGUGCUGGGUAGGUAUUACGGUACGCUGAAAGCUGGCUACAUAUUUGCGAGCUGGCGAGGUUCGGCGUUAUGCUGACGUUGGUUUUGCACCAAAAUAAUCCCUUGACAAUGAAAUCAUGUGGCCAGUCAUGUUACUUAAUAGGGCAAUGGUGUCAAGGGUGCUGAAAAGUGUCGACGGUGGGGAGGUUUGUUAUUGCAGUUGGCAUUGAUCCGUACGAUUAUUGAAACGAUUCGUACCUAGGUAUUAAUAAUACUUUGGCCUAGACCCUAUAUAAUAAGGUUACAGUUUUUUUUUCAAGUCAAAUCAAUCGAGAGGGUGGAGCACUUAUUAUGACAAUUAAA